AUGUACCAAAUGCUGCGGGCUCUUCAGUAUUGUCACCCAAGGCUCAUUAUCCAUUGUAAUUUGAAACCCCAAAACGUUCUUGUCGAUGGCAAUGGACGCGGCUGUAAGCUGGCCGACUUUGGAAUGACAUGGACAUUUGGUAAUCCACUUCGGGGUUUGACUCGUGAGGUAAAGUUUUUCGAUUUAGAAGCCUUUGGAGGGGCUUACUUAACGGUACUUCUAAUCAUGCAGGUAGGCAAUUUGUGGUACUGCUCGCCUGAAAUUCUACUUGGCAGUGUCAUCUGUGGUUGUGGAGUGGAUAUGUGGUCGUUGGGCUGUCUCCUUGCAGAAAUGGUUACAGGAGAAGUAUUAUUUCGCGGUGAUUGUCGCAUUGACCAACUUUUCCACAUAUUCCGAAUACUUGGCGUACCGAAGGAGGACACUUGGUCUGGUGUGUCGGUAUUGCCUUACUAUACACCCGAGUGCUUUCCAUCUUGGUACAGAAAUAAGCUGUUAUUUCAGGAAAAGAUAAUUUGUUCACUCGAUGCAGAUGGUAUUGAUCUGCUAAGGGCGCUUCUUCUCUACGACCCCUUGUUUCGCAUAACUUCGGAAAGAGCAAUUAUGCAUUCCUUCUUUGACGACAUGGGUAAAAACAGGACACGUGCAAGCAAUGCGAGGUCUUUUGACCCGUCAGCUGAGGAAACUCCACCCGUUUUAUCCGAGGUGGUCAAAGUCCUGCUGAAUGUUGGCAGAAAAGAGUUGGAUGUGAAAGGGGGAGAUGAAAAUCCGAAAGAUGGAAGUGAAAGGACUUCAGUAGCCGAGGGUGAUACCACCUGUGAUACCACUGGGUGUGCAAGUGGACCAGGUCUCAGCGACUCAGGACACGUUGGCAAAGAGCGCGGAAGAGAUGGGAACGGAACUCAGACAGCGAAACCGCUUUGA